AGGAUGCAGCCCCCAUCAGACUCCGGGAGCUGAUCCGGACCAUCCGGACAGCACGGACCCAGGCAGAAGAAAGGGAGAUGAUCCAAAAAGAAUGUGCUGCCAUCCGAUCGUCUUCGGAAGAGGACAACACCUACCGCUGCCGGAAUGUGGCCAAGUUGCUCUACAUGCACAGGUUGGGCUACCCUGCACACUUUGGACAGUUGGAGUGCCUCAAACUGAUUGCCUCUCAGAAAUUCACGGACAAGCGCAUUGGUUACCUUGGAGCCAUGUUGCUGCUGGAUGAGAGGCAGGACGUCCACCUUCUCAUGACCAACUGCAUCAAGAAUGACCUUAAUCACAGCACACAGUAUGUGCAAGGCCUGGCACUCUGCACCCUGGGCUGCAUGGGCUCCUCUGAAAUGUGUCGUGACCUAGCCGGGGAGGUGGAGAAGCUCCUGAAAACCUCUAAUUCUUACUUGAGGAAAAAGGCAGCCCUGUGUGCUGUUCACGUCAUCAGGAAGGUGCCUGAGCUUAUGGAAAUGUUCCUGCCAGCCACAAAGAACCUGCUGAAUGAGAAGAAUCAUGGUGUUCUUCACACCUCUGUGGUUCUCCUUACGGAAAUGUGUGAGAGAAGCCCAGACAUGCUAGCCCAUUUUAGAAAGCUUGUGCCCCAGCUAGUCCGCAUCCUGAAGAACCUCAUCAUGUCUGGUUAUUCCCCUGAGCAUGAUGUUUCUGGAAUCAGCGACCCCUUCCUGCAGGUGCGAAUCCUACGGUUGCUGAGAAUUCUAGGCCGAAAUGACGAUGACUCAAGUGAAGCUAUGAAUGACAUCCUUGCCCAGGUGGCCACAAAUACUGAAACGAGUAAAAAUGUGGGAAAUGCCAUUCUUUACGAAACCGUCUUAACUAUCAUGGACAUCAAGUCUGAGAGUGGCCUGCGAGUGUUGGCCAUUAAUCUUGGUCGAUUCUUGCUCAAUAAUGACAAAAAUAUCAGAUAUGUGGCUUUAACAUCCUUGUUGAAGACUGUGCAGACUGACCACAAUGCUGUACAGCGGCACAGAAGCACCAUUGUGGACUGCCUAAAAGAUCUGGACGUCUCCAUCAAACGACGGGCGAUGGAGCUGAGCUUUGCUCUCGUGAAUGGGAACAACAUCCGGGGAAUGAUGAAGGAACUGCUGUAUUUCCUGGAUUCUUGUGAGCCAGAGUUCAAGGCGGACUGUGCCUCGGGAAUAUUUCUUGCAGCAGAGAAAUAUGCUCCUUCUAAGCGCUGGCACAUAGACACAAUCAUGCGAGUCUUGACAACGGCAGGGAGUUACGUUCGUGACGAUGCUGUACCCAACCUUAUCCAGCUAAUCACCAACAGCAUGGAGAUGCAUGCUUACACUGUGCAGAGACUCUACAAAGCCAUCAUGGGUGACUACUCCCAACAGCCCAUGGUGCAAGUAGCUUCCUGGUGUAUAGGAGAGUAUGGAGACCUCUUGGUGUCUGGUCAGUGUGAGGAGGAGGAGCCAAUCCAGGUCACGGAGGAUGAAGUCCUUGAUGUAUUGGAAAGUGUCCUAGUCUCCAACAUGUCUGUGUCUGUCACACGAGGCUAUGCCCUCACUGCCAUCAUGAAGCUGUCCACUCGGUUCACUUGCACUGUCAACCGCAUUAAGAAAGUGGUGUCCAUAUACGGCAGCAGCAUUGAUGUGGAGCUCCAGCAGAGGGCAGUGGAGUACAAUGCCUUGUUCAAGAAGUACGAUCACAUGAGGUCAGCCCUGCUUGAGAGAAUGCCAGUUAUGGAGAAACUCACCACCAAUGGCCCCACAGAUGUCAGUCAACCCAAUGGCGAGGCAGAGCCAACCGUGCUGGAGACCAAACCUCCCCCUUCUGGCCUCCAGCCCACCAGCCAGGCAAACGACUUGCUGGACCUGUUGGGAGGUAAUGACAUCACUCCCAUCAUUUCAACAGCCCCUCCAAACAAACCAGCUUCUGCUGGUGGGGAGCUGCUGGAUCUCCUGGGGGAUCUCAACCCAACAGGAUCUCCAGCUCCUGCCCCACAGAUAUCUCAACCCUCAUUUCUGUUGGACGGACUUUCUUCGCAACCCAUCUUCAAUGACAUAACUGCUGGCAUUCCCCCAAUCACGGCCUACAACAAAAAUGGAUUGAAGAUUGACUUUGCCUUUGAACGCUCAAACACCAACCCCAGCGUCACCGUGAUCACAAUACAGGCCUCCAACAGCACCGAGCUGGACAUGACAGACUUUGUUUUCCAGGCUGCGGUACCAAAGACAUUCCAGUUGCAGCUCCUGUCUCCCAGUAGCAGCGUCAUCCCAGCAUUUAACACAGGGACCAUCACACAAGUCAUUAAAGUCCUGAACCCCCAGAAGCAACAGCUCCGCAUGCGGAUCAAGCUGACAUAUAAUCACAAGGGCUCAGUGCAGGACCUGGCAGAAGUCAACAACUUCCCCACUCAGUCCUGGCAGUGA